ACCCAUAUGAUAAUCGGUUGUUAGGAGUGUUUUGGAUGUCACCACUGCAACAGCAAUACUUGAUCUGCUAUAUCGAUAUCGUCCAAACUGAUAAUAUGUGUCAAACAAAUUGGUUCAACAUGUAUCUUACUCUUUUAGUAGUUGUUGACAAUAACACAAGAACUUGGCUGGUGGCUCAAUCAUUAUCAGAUGACGAAACUACUGAAUCAUACGAGUGGUUUUUUGAAUGCCUUAUAAAUGCAACACAUAAUAUAUCUCCUGCUGUUUUAUUUUCCGACGCUGAACCAGCUCUUAUUAGUGCUGUUGCUUUAAAAUUACCUGAAACGCAUUAUUUUUUAUGUGCUUUUUAUAUUCAGGAGAAUAUUCGCAAAAAUUUAAGGAGUAAACUUGGCAGAAAUUUUGAUGAAUUCUAUAAAGAAUUUUUACAUACACGUAAUAGUACAUUUGAAGAGGAUUUUUUUAGAAG